AGUUGAGUGGCUGAGCUUGCAGUGAGAGAACGCGGUGAGAGUGUUGAUUGUUGCUGACAUGGCCAGGUAAAUGUGGAGGCGCCAGAUGCGAUCGAUACGUCGCUAUUCUAUCUUUAGAUCAUUACUUGACAGAAAGAAUAUCGACGCCACUGAAUUUUUAAUAUUCUCGUCUUGUUGUGGUUAGGGUUCGUUGAUCGCAAGCAGCGGGGGUGGAUUUGUAUAUCUGAGCCAUCUGGCGACGAAUUCUGACACAAUCCUCGUUUCCGGUGUCGCGAGAGUUCUAUCCGUUCUCCUUAGAUGGCAGCCAUGUUACGAGCCCUAAAAAUGGCAAUCGUCGCGAAGCGUGUUCGGUCGUGAUGAAUACAAAUACGUUUUGUGUCAAGAGCUAUCCCAGCAACUGGUAUCAGAGUUCUCGUUGAUAAGUUGCAUUCCGCUGUUUUUGUGUCUGAGGAGAACUGUUGAAUCACUCAGUUCAAUUGACAACAAUGGCAUGGUUAUUUUGAAAGCGGUAACUUCGGAUGGAGUCGUGUGCUUCCGGUAGCCGAUCGCAGCUUUGCCUGGGACUGAGAGUCGACAGUUGAUUGUUUAGUUUCUCACGUGUCGUUUGUGAAUGUGUGGAAGCGCAGAAGACGAUGGGUUGGACUUAAAAUAGGCGUGAUUCCUUGUUUCUGUGAAGAGGAUUUUACGACAGGGAAACAGACGGAAUGCAGCGCUGUCCGUAUAUCCAUGAGAUGAAAGAACGAUUGCUCAGUAGUCAAGGUUCGAACCCAGAACAACAAUUACUGGAAGGAAUGGACAAAGACGUGCUUGAAAUUCAUGGUGACCCCACAGUGGGCACAGUUGUCAAGCUCAACCCUGGAGGUUAUGGCUCCCACACCUCACCAACACACCACUGCACCAGACAACACCUCUCUGAUGACUUCAAUGAGGAGCCUUUUCUACCCAAAAAUGCAAAGACGUCGUUGUUCAUCAUCAUGAGCUUCAUCUACGCCAAGCUGCUGGUGGUCAUCUGCAUCGCUUACGUCAUCUCCGAGGUGGUGACACAUAAACUACCUCUUCACUAUUACGAGGGUUUCUUCACGUACCUCUAUGGGACAAGCAUCCUGUUCUUGCUGUAUGUUUUCUGCUUCCUGCUACAAGAGAGUGCAUGCUGCACAGCAGGUGACUCUGCACCUGCUCCCCCACGACCCCCACCACCACCUCCAAUGGAAAAAAAGAAGACCAAAGAGAAAGAAAAGGAGAAAGGGAAGGAAAAGAAGGCAGGUGCACAACAACAACAGGGUCAGCAGCCCCAGGGUCAGGCAGCACGCAACAAAGGCAGCGUGUUUCAGGGGGUUCUACGGAACCUGCGUGGCAGCAAAGAUGUGAACCUCAAUGAUGGUGCAGAAGGGGACAGUCCCUCUCAGGAGAAGCUGACAGGCUCUGAAUCACAGGACCUGGAGUCUGGGCACACACAAAGCCAACCCCGAAAACGAAAAACUUCACAGAAUGUUCACAGUCAUGGGAGCUUCUUCUUGCGUGUUGGUGCCAUUGCUUUUGGAUUGGGAACCAUGAUCUACAAUGGGCUGGAGUGUGGAGCAUUUUUUGAGAUCCCAUUUACAUCACCGUGUUACCAGAUCUUGAGGGGCAUCAAUCCUGUCCUGCAGAUGAUCUUCACAUUCAUGCAGAUGUACUUCAUCUUCAUGAACUCACGGUGGGUCUGUCUGUUGCAGUUGAACAUCCACCGCUUCAAAGUGCUGGCACGCUUUGGACUGAUGCACAUUGUGGCCACCAAUCUGUGUGUGUGGAUACGUACCCUGGUCCUGGAAAGCAUCAAGGAGAUCACCAACAAUGAGAACCGCAAGUACAUGUCGACCAGCAGCAGCACCGCUGCUCCCACCACCACAGCUGUGCCACUGCCAGGACAACACCUCGAGAAUAUUCGCAUGCUGACAGCAGCUCCCUCUGUCGCUGCGGCCACUACCACUGCUACCACAACGAUGGCCCAGCUUACAACCAGCAUGCUGGCUACCACAUUGGCAGCACUGCAAACCACUCUGUCCUCCACAAGCAGCAGCACGACCACCAUACCCAGUACCACCACCACGGUCACACCCACCAGCACUUCAACUGCAGCAACCACCACUACGCCUGUGCCUUUACCCCCUCUGUUUGGCAUCGAGGACUUCUCCAUGGGGUCUGGCACUCCCACAGAGGUGGAGAACAUAGCUAGUCUAUUUCCUGAGGCUCUCACAGGCAAUGGCACAGUGGGCUCUAUUCCCACUUGUGGUCGUGUCAACAUCAUGGGCUCGAUUGUACAGGACUCUGCCCCAUAUCUCUUCCCAUUUAUCAUAGAGUACAGCCUGAUCGGGGCAGCAGUCAUAUAUGUGAUGUGGAGACACAUUGGACGCAGUCCAAGGUAUGUCACUGAAGAGGACCUAGAGCACCGCUUGGAGGUGAUGUUGUCCCGGCGGGCUGUGGCCAUGGCCCAUGCUCAGCAGCAUGGACGUGUAGACUGCGUGGGAGCCAGCAAGGGCCUGUUUUUUGGGCUACUGCUUCUGGUGGGAUCCCUGAUUUGCUUGAUCUUAUUCUUUGUGCUCAUACAUCAUCCUGAGCUUGGAACUCUUGCCAUCUACCUGGCAGAUGUGUCACACUGUGUCCUGAUGGCCCUCAGCAUAAUGGCCAUCAUUGUGGGUUUCAUUCGGGUGCAGAGCCUCAAGUUUCGUGCUGAGGAGCAAAGUGAUUUGAACGAUAUUCUGCUACGCGUGUCAGCAUUUGGCUUGUUCGUAUACGCUGUGUUCAGUGUGAUUGCUGGGUCACUUGCAUUCACUCAUGAGCCAAACCUCCUGGUGAUGAUUACUGGCCUCCUUUCCAUUGUGCAGGUGGUACUGCAGCUGUUGUUCAUUGCUGAUGUGGCCCGUCGCCGUGUCCACCUACCAGAGCAUGAUCGUAGCAAGCCAGGGCGCCAGGUGGUGACGUUUCUGCUCAUAUGUAAUGUUACCAUGUGGGUGAUCUACACAUUUGAGGCACAGAAGGUCAUUGCUAACCCAGUACAGCUGGAUUUCUAUGGUUUCCUGGCCUGGGUGAUAGUCCAACGGGUGACGCUGCCACUGUGCAUCUUCCACCGGUUCCAUUCAGCUGUGACGUUGGCGGAAAUUUGGAAGACAAGCUAUAAGGCCCGUCUGGAGUAGCGUGGACGCCACUGAUGAUUCAGUUGUUUGUCAUGACAACUAUCUCAUGUGUGCAAAGACAGAACUUUGUCAUCAUUUUCUUUUGUAUUCAGUGGCCGAAUUCCUCAUGAAAUUUUAAUGUCCUACUAAGGAUAACUUUUGGUUUUAGUGUGCUGUGCUGGACUGGCACUGCACUGUUGGGUGGGAUUGCCCCCAAUGAUGCUACACAAGGUGGUCAAGCUGAGUCACUACGAGGCACUUUUAUGUGACCCUCUGACCUGUCACUUAUUGGGAGCAACUCCGCUAUUUGAGAGAGAGAGAGAGAGAGGCAACUUGAAGUCAAAACAUUUUUAACUUGCAUUUAAUGUUACUAAGCGUAUUUAUUAUAAUUACUAAUAUUGACAGCUCUGAGUCAUGAAUGAAGGUAGGUGGCCAUCAGUAUUGGUAAUAAUCUGUGUAGAUUGUGUCUAUUAAUGCAGUGUCAAUACGAACUGGUGCUGCAGGUGCAGGAGCAUUUGCCAAUUUGAGUCACAGAAUUUCAAAAUUUUCUUCUGUGGUUCUCCAAAUGUAUAGAAUGUAAAAUGUUUGUGAAGCAGAUGGUGGCAUUAUGCUCUCAUGGUGCAUUAAAUUCAAGUCCUACUUUAACAGACUGGAGCUUGUUACUGCUGUUAAUUUCUUGGCAGUGGCAUUGGUCUCAGUAUGGCCAAUAUCUUUUUAUCAAUUCAAUGUGUACAGUUAGAUGUAUGCUCUCAAUUUGUGGACCACUUUGUUCAAAUACACAUGAGAAAAUUGUUAUUUUUUUGUUGGCAUUUGAAUUUAUUUAAAAAUCUGGAACUAUAGUACAAAAAGAUGGAAUACGUAGAAAUCUCUUGUAGUAUUUUUUAAGUGUACAAGAUGUCACUCCUUGUACAUUGGUAGCCCAUUUGUUGUGAGUCAGUGUGUUCAUUAUAUAAAGAAUGAUUAUAUAUAUACACAUAUAUGUGGACCUAUUGUCUGUUCAAAGUUUGAGAAUAUUGCCUCAAAGAUAUUUGUGGCAAGUUUUUCAAUGAUUCACGAAGAAAACUUUGUCUCAUUGCUGUUAUUUAUUUAAAUUUCACUGCCGUACUAUUACCCUACUGUAACUAUUCAGAAACACUUAAACACCACUAACAUAUGUCAGCAACCUGAUUCCCGUUCACUUGGUGAUGAAUACAAGAGGCUUCUCCCCACUGGAUAGAUGUCGGCCAUAGAUGUAAUAACACAACAGUAUUACAUGUAGGGCGGUUACUACUAUAUAUUCCGAACGCGAAGUGAUUUAGAAUAAGAAGUUCUGGGAAGAACUAAUCACCUGUUUUUCUUUAAAGCAACAUAGACUACACAGAAAAUGUCCAACAAUUCUUCUACUGUUACAUGUGUAUUUGUUGCCAUGGAAACAUGUUUACUGAGCCAUUGCUUAGCAACCACGCAAUUACCAAACAGCCGAGCCACUACAUAGCAACCAAACCAUUCCCUAACACUAGGGGGGGAUACACAGACACACAGGGAAAGCAAGCUAACAACAGAGGAACUGUUGGAGGUGGUGUUUUCUGUGGUCUGACCAAAGGUUCUAUCAAGAUGACAGCCCUCUGCUCAGGGUCAUGGUUAGCAGUCAGUUGCAGUGCGCAGAAAUCUGAGAGUUGGAAGACCUAAGUACCAAGUCAUUGCCUAGCAAUGGCCAUCUUCUUGGUGCUUCUCUGACUGCAAUAUUCUGGCCUUCAGGCAUCAUAUUGCAUAUCACAUAUGUGGUUAUAUGGUAUUGUACUGGUCAUCUCUUCUGGCUCCACUGUUCUGGUUUUAAACAGUUAGGGGAGGAUACACAGACAUUCAGACAAGAAGGUGAUGCCAUAAGCCUCCAUUUUACCCUCCUUUCUUUAUUUUGAAUAAGAGUUGCGGUAAGAACUAAUUGCCUACUUUCCUCUGGUAUGACACUAACUGCAUAGAUCAAAAAAUCCUUCUAUUGUUGCAUGUGUAUUUGUUGCCACAGAAAAGUGUUUAUUGAACUGUUGUCUAACAACAAUCAUCUUUUCUGGCUUCAUUAUUCCUGCAUUCAGGCAAUAGAGGGAUACAAAGACACAGCAAGGUGACCUAUAAACUUCCUUUUAUUUUUUCAAAAUAAGAACAGACUAAAAAAAUAAAAGGAAUCUUAUGAGAUCACCUUGCUACCUGUGCGCUUGUGUGUCUGUGUUUCCCUCCAUAAAUCCUGAGAGCAGGAAUAGUGGAGCAAGAAGAUAACAUAUAAACACAGUGCAAAAUGUAAUAUGACACCUGAAGGCCAGAAUAUUGCAGUCAGAGAAGUGCUGCAGAGAUCGUCAUUCAUAAGCAACAGCUCAGAAAUUAGGUCUUCCAAAUCUCAGGUUUCUGCAUGGUGUGACUGACUGCUAACCUCAGUCCUGACUCAAUCACUCAUUCACUCACUCACUGCUGAACUGCUGCUGGUCCCCGCCAGCAGAGUGAUUCUUGGUUGCAAGUCUCACAUGACUAAUGACCAUAUUUUACUGUCUGAUGCCUCUUGGAGCUUCACACUCUCCAGCAGCCCUGACCAGACAGUCUUUAAGUCAGACCUCAGAGAAAACACUGCCUCCAACAGCUCCUCUGUUGUUAGCCUACUUUUCCUGCAUGUCGGUAUGUGUAUACCCCUUGUCAUUGCUAGGCAAGGGCUUGGUAAACACAUUCCCGUGGAAAUUAAUACACAUGCAACAACAGAAGAAUUGUUGGAUGCAUCAUCUUCUGUGGUCUGUGUUGUAUCAGAGGAAAGUACUGAUUUCUCCUUACCAGAACUUGAAUUUUUUCAGAAUAAGGAAAGUAGGCUAUUGAAGUACCUAUGUUCUGCUGCUGUGUUGCAAGCAAAUUGCAAGGAGGAUGUGCCAAUCACUAUGGUCUUUGGCAUGGGUCAGCCUAGUUUAGUGCUAUCUCAAAAGUCAAUUGCUCAGUUCUCUGUGUGAAGAAAGGCACAGUGUAAAGUCACAAAUCAUCUGUUUGCUCACAGUAUGCCCGAUUCAUCUCGCGCUGCUCCUCAUGUCACCCCACAGUUCUUUUUGUGCUCAUUUUCUAUUUUUAGAUAAAAAAGUUGUGAAGCAGUUACUUCUGUACAUAAGAGUGUGUGGAUGUCUUGUUUAUAUAAUUUCAAGCUUUCUCAGAUGAUCAGCCUUGUCAGUGGGGUUAGCAUUCGAUAUUUCAGAGACUGGGUCUCUCUCCCUUAUCAGGAGUGAUAAUGGAGACAUAUUUAAAACACUGGACACUAACGCCACGUUGAUAUGGCUGGUCACCUGAGAAGACUUUGUUGGAUAUUUUAUUUAAUUUAGCAUAUCUGAUUAAAUUUCCAGUUUUGUUCUUUGUCUCAAUUGAACUAGAAUGAAAAUUAAUUAUUUGGUAUAUUUUAAAUGUUACUGCCGUGAUCUUUGUAAAUACAUCAGCACUUGUGGAGACAGUGUAGGAGUUUGCUACCAUGUAAACAGAGCAGGUUGUGUAAGAUUGUGUCUCCCUCCAUUUCUGUAAUAAUAUUGUAGAGAUGGUUGUAUUUUUCUUGUAUUUAAUGUGGUGUGUGUGUCUUAUGUACCUCACUGUGAACUCCCACAAGAAACCGUAAGUGGCUGGAGAGUUAAUAUGGAUCAUUGUUUAACCAGACAUUAGAACACAUUCUGUUUUCACUGACCACUGUAAUAGAACUCAUUUGCACAUUCUUUUUUACUUUUUAUAAAAUAACAUGUAUUUUCUGUAAACUCCCAGUUUCUUUCAUACAGAUUUUGUACAAAAACUUCAUUGAAUAUAAGUAUUAUACAUGUGCCAGAAUAAAGUUAUUAUUAGAUGUGCUA